GCCAUUUUGAUUCGAAAAUAUGACCGAGUUUUUCCUGCUUUGCAUGCUUGAGCUGGGAAAAGGCUAGCAUUUGAAUUUAUUUACUGUAGAGGAUAUAAAUAGACAGUACGCGUAAUAAUAUUGAAUAUACAAGGUACAAAUGUGAGGUAACUGCCUGUCCGUUGCAAGAGACUAAUAUCUGUGUCACCAGGUUGACAGAUACUUUGCUGAUACUGCUCGUCAGCCUGACCCAUCAAAACAAAUAACGUUUGGCUAGUUCGCUAACUAACGUUAGUUAUUAGCAAACGAAGGUAGGUCGCGUUAGCCAACUUCUAGCCGUACAUACGAGUGGAUUGCAAACUUUGAACAACACGGUUAUGGUGAGCCCUUCAGUGUGUUGUGUACUAAGGAGGCCCAUGUUCUAAGAGGAGACCCAUGGUGAUAAAUGCCAGGCCUCGCCACGCUCUCUGCCGUCUGCACAAACACAAAUGCCUGCCUGUCUGUGAGGGAGGUCUGAUUAAAGAUACCCACAUUUCAUCUACUGGGCUGUGCCCCCUGUCCAAGCAGCCAUCAUGUUCUGGAAGUUUGACCUGCACACCACGUCCCACAUCGACCAGCUGCUGGACCGGGAGGACGUGACGCUGCGGGAGCUCAUGGAGGAGGACGAUGUCCUGCAGGAGUGCAAGGCCCAGAACCGCCGGCUGCUGCUCUUCCUCUCCCAGGACCACUGCAUGACAGAGCUGGUCAACCUCAUCACCACAGAGCCCCCUGCUGACCUAGAGGAGAAGAGCCGCUUUAAGUUCCCUAACAUCGCCUGUGAGCUCCUGACAUCAGACGUGUCCCUCAUCAACGACAAGUUGGGCGGGGACGAGUCACUCCUGGAGACUCUCUACCACUUCCUGGAGCAGGACCCGCCCCUCAACCCGCUAUUAGCCAGCUUCUUCAGCAAGACCAUUGGCAACCUCAUCGCUAGGAAAACAGAACAGGUAAUCUCCUUCCUGAGGAAAAAGGAUGGCUUCAUCGGCCUGGUGCUGAAACACAUCGACGCCUCCGCCAUGAUGGACCUGCUGCUUCGCCUCAUCAGUUGUGUGGAGCCUGCCCCCUUGAGGCAGGAGGUCCUCAAUUGGCUGAACGAAGAGAAGCUGAUUCAGAGACUCACAGAGCUCAUCCAUACAGGCAAAGACGAGGAAAGACAAUCAAAUGCGUCCCAGACGCUUUGUGACAUCAUCCGCCUUAGUCGAGACCAGGCCAACCAGAUGCAGGAGAACGUCGAGGCUGACCCCUUAUUGGCUGUACUAGAGUCGCAGGAGAGCGUAGCGGGGCUCCUGAAGACCAUGUUUGAGGGGGAGAGGAGUGAGGCCUCCAUUGUUAACGGAACUCAAGUGCUACUUACCUUACUGGAGACCAGGAGGUCCGGGUUGGAGGGGCUGAUGGAUCUCUAUUCUCAGGGAUAUGAAAGGACUUACACUGUCAACAGCAGUAUUCUACAUGCCAUUGAGCCCCAUCUAAAGGACUUCCAGCAGCUUCUCCUGAAUCCACCCAAGAAAAGUGCAAUACUGACGACCGUUGGCCUUCUGGAGGAGCCGCUGGGGAACGCCCGCCUUCACGUGGCCCGGCUGGUGGCUGCCCUGCUGCAGACCAGCGCCCCCAGUGUCUGUCAGGAGCUCUGCAAGCUCACCACCAUGGACCAGCUACUGGACCUGUUCUUCAAGUACUCAUGGAAUAACUUCUUGCACUUCCAAGUGGAGCUGUGUGUGGCGUCCAUCCUGAACCACUCUGGCCCAGAGGAGCGGCCCGUCCCUGGUCUCCAGAACCACGAGGAGGAGAAGCCCCCAGCAGGCCCAGAGAACCAGGGGGAGGCAGGAGGGGAGGCUGGGGAGCCAGCCAAGGCUGGGGAGCCAGCCAAGGCUGGGGAGCCAGCCAAGGCCAGCGACCCGGUGGAGGAGACCACCCUUCACAACACCCUAGUGGCACAUCUCUUCCAGCAGUGUCGGUUGGUACAGAGGAUCCUGGACGCCUGGGAGGAGAACGAUCAAAUACAGGCGGAGGGCGGCGCUAGGAGAGGUAACAUGGGUCACCUGACCAGGAUGGCCAACAUGGUGGUACAGAACCUAGAGAAAGGACCAGUCCAGUCCCAGAUCAGUGACCUCAUCAAAGAGUUGCCAGAGGACUGCAGAGGACGCUGGGAGAGCUUUGUGGAUGAGACCCUGAGAGAGACCAACAGGAGAAACACAGUUGAACUGGUGAGCACCCAUAACCUACACUCUUCCAGUGAGGACGAUGAUAUGGAGAGUCCCUUCCCCAACGAUCUGUCACUCCAACAGGCCUUCUCAGACUAUCAGAUCCAGCAGAUGACUGCCAACUUUGUGGAUCAGUUUGGGUUCAACGAUGAGGAGUUCAGUGAGCAUGAUGAAAACAUCAAUGCCACAUUUGACCGGAUUGCAGAAAUAAACUUCAAUCUAGAUGCUGAUGAUAAUAGUGCCAACGCUACUGCCUUUGAGGCCUGCUGUAAAGAGAGGAUACGUCAGUUUGACGAUGCUGAAGAGGAGGAGGACAUUUGGGAGGAGAAGGAGAUUAACUAUGCAACACAAGUGAAAUCCAGAACAAGGUUUGGGGUGUCCCACACUUCAGAGAGCAGCACCAGGAGCAGUCUGGAGAACGGGGGUCGGGAGCGGGACCGCGGGUCGGGCUCAGACGAGGACGACGACUCCAGACAGAGCGCCCCAGACACAGGCAGCCUGGAGGAGAGCAAGGACAACACACCCAGUACGCCUGGCAAUCAAUCAGCUACUUGUCGAAGCUGGACAGCGAGUUUCGGGGACGCUGGGGGUAACUCAUCCUCUCCGGGUCCUGCAGGCUGGGAUUCCCCAGGGGGGAGUGGAGGAGACAAACAGGUGGCAGGUUGGGCCAACUUCACAGAGUUCCAACCUUUCAGCAGCCCAGAGGCUGCCCCCAGAUGCAGCUCUCCCGUAGGCAACAGUGACGCAGACAAACAAGUCAAACAGGGUCCGGACAAGAGUGGUGCGAGCCCCUCUCCCGGUGGUGAGUGGCCGGUGGGUGAGGGUAGGAAGGCUCCCCUCGUAGCCUCAGAUAGCAGCUCCUCCGGGGGCUCCGACAGCGAGGAGGACGACAAGACUGCCGCCGCCGCCUCGGCAACCACCAGCUUGGACGCCAACAAGAAAGCAGAGGUCAAAAGUGAGGAGAACCCCAUCCCUCUGGAAAAACUGUCCCUCACAGACGCCCCCAAGUCCCACCCAAAGGCACAGCUUGCAGCAGACACACCGCCAACCUCGGCCCCAACCCCUCAGACAGACAAAGAGAAUCCACCCCAGGCCCAGUACCCAGAGAUGCCAGCAGUCAACGGGCCUGUCUGAGGGGCAGACAGACAGAGCCCUAAACCCCAGACUGGUGUGACAGACUGUGCCAUUUCCAGGGAGACCACCCUCCUCCCCAAAUAACCUCACUGCAACCUACAGUGUUUUAAUGAAUCACGCUGCCAUGUUAUUGGACCUGGACACUGCCAAUCAACACCAAUAAUGAGGCGGCGGGACGUGUAAAAGCAACCAAUCAUCCCAACCAACAGGCAGAACAGUGUAGAGGAAAUUGUCUUCAAAGCCUUUUCUGAUGUUGCACAUAAGUACGUGUGGUUUUAAUGUAGCAGUGAUCUCUUUUAAACAACCGAAAUCCGAGAGGAGUGUAAAGUUUUUUUCUGAAGGAUUUGUUCUCGUACUCUUUUCACAAACAGUUGGACUUGAGUGGUAGGGAGUGGAUAGCACAGGUUAACUAAACGAAAUGAUGCCUCAAUAAUAAAUACCUUCCUGAAAUAUUUUUUUCCUUGAGAGCUUAAAAGAAGGCACUUAUGCAGCCAUUUUUACUGUACAUUCUAGCACAACGUUAAGUGUACUACCCUCAGCUCUGCUGGCCAUCUUGUCUGUCUCUAUCACUCAGAUCAAGGUUUUUACCAAACAGGUUUUUUUUUGUCAUGGAAAAACAUCUCUUUAUUCUUGUACCUCACCAGUUCUCUGAAUGUUUUAAAGUGUCCAUCAAGGAAAAAGGGGUGGGUCGAGGAACACAGUUCUAUAGUAUUAGACUUCUGCUCAUGUGCAAUAAUGACAAUUAGCCAUUUUAUUUAAAAAAUGACAUUAACUUUUUUUUUAUCUACUUUUAGUGUUGUCAAGAGGAAGACUCAUUCGGUAUAGUUAUAUGGGCCAACUAAUUUGGAUAUAAACUGAACAAGGUUUUGAUUUGUUUUAUGUUAUUGCAUGUAUAACUGGUUCUCUGUUGACCUAGCUAGUGAGCUGAGACCUGAUUGGAUUUGACUUUAAGUUGUUAUUGUUAUCCCCCUUAAAAUCAACCAAACAUGAUCUACCUAUAUUCAAAUAUCUACAUUUAAAUAAUUUUACAAGCAAUCUUGAGAUUA